AUGCCCAUCGAAGCCAUCACGUCCGUCCUCAUCGGCGCCUGUGUCGUCGCCGGUACCUUGCUCGAUGCAGAAGGCAGUCGCGAGAGCAACCGCUUGCACUUGCGCGCGUACCGCUGGCAGCGGCUCGGCAACUGGCUGCCGCUUGGCAUCGCCUACGCUGCGUUCUACAUGGCGCGCUACAACAUUGCCGCAGGCAACGUCGCGGCCCUUCGCGCCCAGCUGCACUUGACGACCACCGACAUGGGCUGGGUCAUUUCGGCCGGUUCGUGGACGUACGCGCUCAGCGCUCCGCUCACGGGACACGUGACCGAUCGCAUUGGCGGGCAGCGCGGGAUGGUGCUCGCGUGUGCUGGCGCCGGCGCAUGCAACCUCCUCUUGGGCCUCGCGUUCUCGCACGGCCGCGUGUCCGAGGCCACGUUCUGCUUCCUCUUUGCUCUGAACCAAGGGUUCCAAGGCUUUGGCACGGCGGCCGUCGUCAAGAUUAACGCCAUGUGGUAUGGACCCAGCGAACGCGGUCUCUUCUCGGGCAUCUUUAACAUGCUGGUCGUCAGCGGCUACUACCUCGCGCUCGGGUCGGGUGACUCGAUCGUGGCGACGUUGGGGUGGCCGUACCUCUUUUACAUUCCAAGCCUCUUGCUUGGCGCCAUGGGCCUCGUGUCGCUGCUCUGGAUCCGCAACAGCCCGCCGACGUCCGAAGCACCGUCGAUGCCGUCGACGACGCCCUUUUGUGACACCCAGCACAGCGGCCUCCUCUCCCUUCUACGCAACCCGACCGUGUGGGGCUACCUCGGCGCGAUCUUUUGCCUCUCGUGGGCCCGCGACGGUCUCCUCAACUGGAUGUACUCGUACUUUGAUGCGGUGCGCGCGUCGCCGUUAUCGCCAAGUGACCAUGCGCUCCUUGGUGGUGCGUGGACACUCGGCGGCUUCGUCGGCGGUGUCCUCUGCGGCUGGAUCUCGGACCACCUCUUCCGCGGCCAGCGCAUGCCACCGAUCGUGCUCUUCUCGGCCAUGCAAGGCAUGGUUGUCUACGGCAUGUACAUGGCGGCACCCCACGUGUCGAUGGCCGUGCUGGCACUUCUGCUCUUCGUCGCGAGUGUCUUUCUCCUCGGAAGCUACACGAUGCUCAGUUAUACGAUUCCGACCGACUUGCCCGUCGAGAUUGCGGCCAGCGCCGGCGGCCUCUUCACGACGGCCGCCUACAUGGCCACCGGUCUCUCGGGUGUCGUCAUGGGCGCCGUCGUGGGCGACUACGGCUAUGACUUUUGGGUGGCCUCGCUCGUCUUGGCGUCGAUCGCAUCGGGCCUCUGCACGUACGUCGGCGCGCAGUAUGCACGGUCGCAUGCCAGUCUUGCAUGCGAGACCGAGUGCACGCCACUGCAAACAAAAGCCGUCGAUCGCCGGCGCGCGUCGCUUGUCAAUACACAAGGCGACUUUAUCGCCGUGCCGAUCCUUGAUAGUAGUACAAAGGAGGUCACCGAGACAUAA